AUAAUAUCGUAUAAUAAAUAUCAUAUACUAUCACAAUAAUGUAUAUUACGACAGAUACAUAUUUUGUAUCAAAAAAUUUUAUUAUUCAUACAUUUUAUGGUGAAAAAACUGUUUUUUGUUGGGAUCAAAAUAAACUUGUAAUAUUUCCAUAUAUGAAUAAUAAUUAUAUAUCUGCUGAAGUUUUAACAGCUCCAGCUCCAAUAAAAACUAUACAAUGUUUUUCUGAUCGAAUUUUUUUAAUUUGCAUUCCACGAGGUAUUUAUAAACUUUCAAGAUAUCGAGAAUUUGCUAUUCUUAGUAAAAAUGCAAUUGGAAUGGGUACAGUUUUUUAUGAAGUAUUAAUACCAAGAAAUGAAUAUCUUUAUUUGGAUAAUAAACGAGAAAUGACUAAUAAAGUGUUAUAUCAACUUUCUUCUAAGGAAAUUGAUUCCAGCAUGUUAUGUAUUUAUCCAUUAAACAUAAAUAAUGUUGCAGAAGAUUUUAUGAAAGCUUUAACAAAUAAUGAUUCUACCAUAGAAAAUUUAUGUAUAGUUGGUGAUAAACUAAAGAUUUUAACAUUAAUAAAUGAAACUAUACAAAUAAUACAUAGCAGUAUCUAUUUUAUUAGAGAUAUAAUACCUAUACGAAAGAAUACUAAAAUUGGUGGAUUAUUUUUUAUUACUACUACAAAUGCUAUUAUUAUAAUGUAUUCACAAGAUAAUUCACUUAUUUUUGAAACAAUUUAUUUAAGAACUCAAAUACAAACCAUUUGUGCUGGUUUUAGUGAUUUGACAGAAGAUACAUUAUGGAUUGUUUAUUCAUAUGAAUCUAAUUUAUAUUAUGCAAAAAAACAAUUAUUGACUGAUAAUAUUCAUCAAAUAAAAAUUCAAGAUGAAAACUUUACUUGUUUACAAUCAUAUGAUUCCAAAAUAAUCUUAGGUUUAACAAUAGAUAAGCAAUUAACAGAAUUUUCUAUAAAUACUGUGGAAAAAACAUUAUUAAUAGAAAAUGAUACUUUGAUUAAUCUUCAUUCUAAUAUGUUAGAAAAUGCUACAUUUAUAAUGGAUAAAAUUUAUAAAGGAGCUCAAGAAUUACAAACAUUGAAUGAGAUAUUAACAAUAGAAGAAGAUAAAUUGAAAAGAAUAAAUUUAUAUGCUCAUAAACAUAAGGAACAAUUAUAUCCAAAAAUAAUAAUUAAUUACAUAGAUAACCAAUUGUUUUUGUCAGCAAAUUUUCAUAAUAUGUUGCCAAAAAAUAGUUGGGUUGUUUUUAAUGUCAAGUUGCAAUGUCAAAAUCUAUUUUGCAUGAAAAAAAUAGUAGAUCAGGAGACUAUAGUUGAUAUUUAUAUACCUGAAAAUUUAACAAUAAAUUUUUCACAAAUUAUAAUAGAUUUAGUAGCUUUUAAGGAAGAGAAAUAUCCUUGGUGUCUUAUAAGAGAUUAUAUAAUUAAUCCUUCUCUCGAACAAUGUAAACAUAAAAAAAGACGAUUAAAUUCUAAUUUUAUCAAUUCUAAAAUUGUUAUGCUUCAAACUUUUAUACAAGAAGGAAAUAUUAAUAUGAAGAAAUUAUCUGAAAUUAAAAAGAGUUUAAGAAAAGAAUUUAAUGAUUAAAUUUAAAAUUUACUAUUUUACAAUGUUUUAUCAAUAACAAUAUAUUGAAAUAUAUGUUAUUAGUAGAUCAAAUUAGUAAAAUAUUAAUUUAACUAAAAUUAGUAAAAAAAAAUUUGAUAAUUUGAAAACAAAACUGUAUCUUUAUUAGAAUAUAAUAUGUUGG